AUGGGAAGUUGUGCUGUACCUAAAAAUGCAAUCUGCAGGUCAGCCCUGCUCCGGGCCCCGCAGCCAGUGCCGCAGACAGCAGAGCACCCGCACCGGCGGGGCCGUACCCGCGGCCGCGGGGGCAGCGCCCGGGCCCAUGAGGCACAUCAUUUGAAAGAAAAGGAUGUUCUAGAUGAGUAUUUUCUUCCAAAUGAAGCAGAUCUUCGCCAGGUCAUUGUAUUUCCAAAAUCAGAAUGGGAAAGGAUUCAGGCCAGCACUAGAAAAGCAGCACACAUCGAUGAGAAGAAAGAACAGGAAGAAGUGCACCUGGACUCCAAAGCUGCUGGAAAAUACCCACCUAAUGCCACUCUGAGCCUGAUACAACAGAAACUUCAAGCCAAGAAAUUACGUGAAGAAAAGGAAGAGGAAGAAAGAAAGUUACUUGAUUUGGAAGAAGCAAAGUUCCAAGCAGCAAAACGGAAGGAGGUUAUUGACCGUGCAAAAACCUACUUAUGUUAUCAAGACGACAGAAUGAGACAGUUCCAUGGUGCUUUUCUACUUACUAAGGUCCUAAAAGAAAGAGAUGCUCAAGUUGAAUUUCUAAAGUCAAGAUUUGCUGAUAACAAAAAGAGGGAUUAUGAAGAAGAGCAACGUAGAUUUAAAGAAUACAUUCUCAGUGAGCAAGAAAAGGCACGUCAGCAUUAUAUGAAUCAACAGGCACUACGCAAAGAUCAGCUAGAACAAAUAAAAGAGCGUGAGCAUCAGGCAGAUCUUGCCAAACAGGAAAAAAAAAGAGAAGAGGAAGAAAUACAGAGAUCAGUCCAACUGUACCAACUAGAAAUUCAGAGAAAAAAAGAAAAGGAACACAAGACAAAAAUUGAAUGCCAGAAGCUGUAUCAUGAGUAUUUAAAUGACCAGAAAAUAAUCAAAGCAAUAGAGAAACAAAACCAAAUGGAAGAAGAUGAUCGGAUCAAAGCUCAUUUUAAAGCAAAGGAAAUUAUUGCCCAGAUGAGAAAAAAGAAAGAAGCUGAAAUGCGUAGACAAGUACAGGAACAACAGGACAAAAUCAUUAGUCAAUUAACUGAACAAAUGGGUGAGUCAUUAAAGAUGGAAGGUGAUCGACUGCUUAGAGAUAUUGCAAGAAUAGAAGCUGAAGAAGAAAAAAAACGCAAAGAGAAAGAAGCAAAACAAAAGGCUGCCAUUGAAUCUAUUGCUGAACACAGAGCCACUGUGAUGAAGUUGAAAGGGGAAAAGGAGAGACAGGAGAAAGAAGAGGCUGAAAAAGAACGUGAUGUGUUAAUGGAAAAAGCCCGCAUUCACAUGGAAAUGGAAAACAACAAAAAACACAGACGACAUGCAGCAAACAAAGAAGUACAGAAAAUUCAGCUCCAGCAAAUGGCUGAAAAGCAGGCAAGAAAAGAGCAGGAAAAACAAGCAGACUUGGACUACGAUGCUCAGAGAGAAGCUAUUGCACUUUCUAAAGAGCAUGAAUUUCAGAAAUAUGCAAAGGAAAUAAUCGAAACAGAGUCAAAGACUACACAUCAUCUUUAUCCUCUUCUCAAAGCAUGCAAAGAUGGACUUGUACAUAGGCCAUUUUCCUGAGAAAAUAAGAAAUGAAUACUAGUUUCCAAACAUAGAAUUCUACAUUGGGACCCAGUUACCUUGUUGUAGCUGUAAUGCAGCUCAAGAAACAAAAACAUGAAAUAAUGUUUAAACUAUCCACUAAGGAAAGGCAGAAGCCAUUUUCAAGUUAAAACAUAUGCUUUUCAACCUUACAGGCAGAGUUAAACUGUAAAUGAUUUAUAUCAAAUAUAUACCAUGAAUCUGGACUUCCAUUUGAAAAAAUAAAAAUUGCCAUGUAACUGGUUAUAUUCUCAAAAAUCCCCAGCUGGAAUUUCAUAAAUGUUAGUUUAUUAAACUUGAGACAGGAAUUCAUAUUAUACAGUUGACUGUCACUGUAACCCAUUCCAGCCAAAAGCUCACUAUUUCUGUUAUGUUUUUAAUAUUCAUUGUUCUAAAAAUUCACUGUCACAGGUUUUCAGGUCUACAAAAUUAAUUCUCAGGGCAAAAAGUCACAUUUUUCACUAGCCUACUUCCAGUUAAUCAUUCCCCAUAAUAGAAAAGACCAAACCAAAAGAACUACAGGGGACAAAAAAAAAACAAAACAACAUAUGUGUAAGUUAGAAUAGUCAGGGUGUGCAGUUUUAGUAGCAUUGUGCAACUACGUCUGAAAAACAAGUGUCAUGCUAUAAAUCAGUUUUACUACAUGAAAAUAAUAAUGCAAUUUGAUCCCAGCCCUUAUAAGGUCACCAAAGAGGCAAAUAGGUCCCAGUAUAACUGCAAAUAUAGCCUACAAAAUCAGCACAUCAACAAGAGAUAACAUAGUUGGGCUGUUCUUUCAAAUAGACUUACAGCAGUUCAGUCUGUGGUAAAUAGAUGUGACCUAAAAUUGUAUCUCAGAUUCCUCAG